AUGUGGCUGCCGGAGCCGCAGGCCGGCUCCGGCUCGCCGGACUGCCCUGACCUGCUGCAGCACGUCCAGGCGCUGCACUUGCCCUCCACCCCGCUCUACCUCAGCUUCUUCGAGGAAGAAUGUCGCGCCAUCGCUGAGCGCCUGCACCUCGCGGCGGCCGCGGAGCCCUCGCCGGGCCAGGGGGAGCUCAGCGGGCUGCAGCCCAUAACCCCCGGCCCCGCCACCUCCACGCCGCUGCCCUUACCGAGCCACGGGCGGGUCCCAGACUCGAGCGCGGGCGAUUGCGAGGCCGCUGCUGCCCCUGCCCGCGGCGGGCGCUGGCCCCGGCCGGGCCGCGGCCGCGCCAGGCUCGCUCUGCCCCGCGCACGGGCCUCGCUGGGGCUGCAGCCCCCCGCGGCCGGCGCGGGGCGAGGCAACUGGGAAACACGGCUCCUCCGGCCCCCAGGGGCCAGGCUGAAGCUGACGUCGCCUGCCAGGUCCAGGCUCCAGCGUGCCAGCGGGGUUUCACAGCGGGCGCAGCCUUCCCACCUUCCCAAACUCGCCCCCCGGGGCGGAGGGAUGAAAAGUAAUGCUGCACCUGCCAGUAGCGUCGCGCGAAGCAGGGAAACACCUGCUGCCAAGGUUGGGAGUUGUAAACAGUCCUCCUCAAGGCCUUCUACAGAAAUUCCUACUGUGGCUUCCCGCUCCUCACUGCGGCCUCUGGAAAAAGUGACUUUGUCCAAGCAUUUUUGCCUCAAUAAAGUAUCAACUACAGAGGAUCUGGUGUGCAAUAGGACCCGAGAGCUGAAGGAAAAUGAUGAGAGGAAAGAAAGGCUGGUUGCAGCAAGCAUUGUCUUGGGAGCAGGUAGAAAUGACCAGACGUGGGAGUGCGUGGAGUCCUCUUUGUCCAGUGAGUUGGCCCCUGUCCUGACUUCACGGUGUGAAGAUGCAGUCCCUGCUGAGCAGUCUGCAGGUGAUCAGCUGUCCCAGGAACUGGAGCGUGUGAAGAAAGAGCUGGAGCAAGUGAAGGGCGAGCUUGCUGACAAGACUGCCCAGUGUAAAGCCUAUCAGCAGACAAUCUCCUCCUUGCAGGCUCAGCUCAGAGCAGCAGGAAUCUGUCUGAAAGAUGCAGCAGUGUUCGACAGUGGUGAGCUGGGGAAAGACUGACAGCUGGGACAUGGGGACAGACAACAGCCAUUGUCUAGCUGUGCGAGCCCCUGGGCCAGUGAUGUAUGUGGAGCUCUUGAAUGAAUUAAUUUUUCAACUCCUUGUAUGUAAAAUAAAGGUAUCUUUUGCAGUGAUGCAUGCUGUCUGCUUGGGUAGAGGCAGUGCCCAGUGCUGCCCACUGAUCCCCACUGGGCAAACAGGGUAGGUCUGUGCUUGGCUAUGGCUGGUUUUGCUCAGCCAGAGAUUUGACAUCUGUUACAGGAAGGAGCUCGGUGCUGGUGGAUGGAGGUACAGUGUGGCUCUGGGGAAGCAUUUCUGGACAAAAUUGAUGCUUCCAGGUGGAAUGCUUGGAUGUGUGGUGGUGGUAGGCAGCUGUAUGGGCAGGUUUCUUCCUUAGGUCACCUUCACAUUGGAUGUGGGAAAAGGCACUGCUGGCUUAUGGCACAUUAGACUUCUGCAGCCUUUGGCUAUUUAUUACUGCUUUAUUAUCAGUGACUGUGGGCACAUGGUGGCACAUGCACUUGGGACUCAGUCCAGUCCCUCACUGUUCUGCAUGCUGGUGCUGGGAGCCCUGCUCUGCUGCCUUCCCUCUGGGUCAUGGAUGCAGGCACCUUCUUGCACUGCCUUGUGUCUGGGUGAGGCACUGGAGAGUCUGGUGCUGGCAGUGCGCUGAGUUUGGGCUGGGAAGGCUGGCCUGUUCCUGCUCCUGUUAUUUCUGGCUGCCUUGGAACAUGCACCCCUUCCUGGGGCACUGCCCUGGACUGUGUGCAGGGUGGCUGCACAGGGCUGCACAGCUGUGUUGGCUGUCUCCCACCCCUGCGUGGCGCUUGGUUGAUGGGAAGCUCCAGUGCUGGCACAAUCUGCAGCAGAGCCCUAACAUGCUGUGUGUUCCCUGGACAUGCACGAAGAUAACUUCUUGGUGCAGGUACUAAUGGAGUUGACUCCAAAAAGUGCCCUGCUAUUUGUAAACAGAGAGGCACUUGUGGGUGAAGCUGGACUCAGUGGUCCUUAUGGUCCCUUCCAAUCUGAAAUACUCUAUAUUGUUUCAGUUGUGGAGGCAUCCAAGGAUGGAUGUGGAUCUGUUUCUGCAGGUCUUCUGGCCCCUUUUGUGGGCUGGAGCCAUUUCCUCCCCUCUUUUGAUGCUGGCUGUGUUUACCUUGCUGCUAUUUGCCUUCCUGCUGCUCCUGUUGAGACAUGCACCUGGCUUGUU